AUUGCCAUCGAUAACUAUCGGAUGAAGUGGUGUGCCGCUAAAGAAAUAAUCAUUCGCACGUGUUGUUGAAUUGUAUACUCUACCGCGAGUGAUAACAAUGUCAAAGUUUUUGUCGUAUUAUAAUCUGUUUCCCAUACCCGAUCCUAAGGAGUUCCUUGGCUUGGCCUCGGACUGCGAAAAGGGAAAUGUAGUUACAACACUGGCUCGCAAUGUUGUUGUUGUGCUUAAUAUUCGCACCCAGAAGCAAUUGCUUAGUUGGUCUCUGCCAGAAAAGCUUUCAGCAAAGGUCAUCUAUGAUAGAAAUAGUCAAAAAUAUGUCGGUGUAUUUGGAAAUCAUUCAUUGCGCCUAUGGAAUGUGGAGACCUUAGAUGUCACCAAGUGCAAAAAGCUGAAAUUCCAGAAGAGCAUUGCCCAUCUGGUGGAAACAGAUCAGGAAGCUCUAGUUUUAUAUAGCGACGGUGUUUGUCAAACCCUCUCGGCGGCUUUGGAAUCACGCGUAGAUCAGAAGGCGGACACAGCCGAGCAGUUGGCUCUAACAGCGGCAACAGUGCUUACUAAGCCAACUGUGUUUACACUAGCCGAAGGUCACCAGGUGCUUACAUAUUUCCAAGAGAAGCGCGAGACUGGAGAGUUACACCUGGUACGAGUUUCUCUAGACACAUCGACAAGAAAGGAAUAUCUCCUGCAAAGAGAAUCAAUCAGAUUGACCGGCUAUGCUGUUAUUGAAGAUGAUGUUGCGCCACAUUUGCUAACCAUUUGGUCUGACAAACGUAUCUUCAUGCUUAAUCUUGGCGAGGGUUCCACAGAACGUGCACCGGGACAAUUUGUCUCAAUGCUAUCGCAUCUUAAUGUGGAGAGCAAUCUGUCUGUACAUGGAGUCUCGCGUAAUUUUGCUGCCAUUUAUGGCGCCAACUAUGGACAGGAGGGUGCCUCCCUGCUUGUCUAUAACACGCAAUUUAAAGUGGUUAAUGCUAAGCAGUAUUUCAAAGUAUAUCUGGAAUUCUCCCGACUGUGGUCACGGGAUGAGCACAUUCUCUUGGCCAUGGGACAGAACAUAGCAGCUGUGCGUUAUCGCAUGAAUCGUGAAUUAUUGGUUGAUAUGUUGGGCUCUCAGUUUGAUGACACCCACAUGAACCAAAUAACAAUUGAGCUUGAUCACAUUAAUGAAGAGGAAUGCCUAGAGGCAACCAUUCGGUUCGACAAUAGCAGCAAACCUCACAUAGAUGAACACAAACUGGACAAUGUGGCCAUUGAGGCUAUUGCGCCAGCGGAUAAAAUAAAUGUUCCGUUCGAUCCGCCCGAAGUGUUCCAACAGAAUAUGAAUGAGUUAGUCAAGCAGCAUGUACAUGGUGAGGUCAGAAGGUGUGAAAACAGUCUUGAGGAUGUCGGUCUAACGCUGAUGUCAAAUUUCCACGAUGAUGGCUCUUUUACUGUCACAACCCAGGCAUUGAUUCGUCAACUUGAGAAGUGCGGAGCCGGAGAACAGGAAAUUGCCGAAAAACUAUUAACGCUUUUUAUCAAAACUAACAAUUCCAAGCAAAUGUUAAUGUGCUUGAAACGAUAUUGCAAUAUUUCCGAGUCCAUGUUGGCGUGGUCUUUGCGCUAUGCUCUUGAUCAGAAUGAUCCAAAGAAAAAACUUCUAAAUGCUGUUCUAGCCACUAGUUUCGAGCCUAGCGCAAUUGAAGAACCUCUGCGACAACGCCUGGAACUUACACAUGUUCAGCACUUACUCGAACAUUUAUAUCAUUUGGUCAUUGAUCCUCAUUUACAGCUGGAAGAGCGCCCCGAUCGGGAGUCAUCAGUGGCACAAACAGAAAUUCAUGCAUUACAGUGGCUGGGAGCCUUGCUUACUUCUCACUUUACUCUGCUAACCAUAUCCAAAGAUGAAUCCCUGCUGGAAUUGCUUACCAACUGGUCACAGCAAUUGAAACUUUACGAGGAGAAUAUUCAAGAUAUCGAAGUUUUGGUACCAUUGUUAACGAACAUUGUGGAAAGAAAAGAACUAAAGCCCAUUUACUCGACCAACUGGUAUGGCAUCGAGGAGUUUGUCUUAUACUAGAUGAAUUCUGUAUUUGCUAAUUAGUUAUUAAAUAAAAUAAAUACAUAAUUACCAAAAAGUAAUCCUUAAAAAAACAACAUUUUUAAUUUAUAUGCUGGACAAAUUAUAUUACUUCUUUGUGAUCAAAUUGUUUUGCUGUCUUCAAACAAACAUAUCUACUAUUAUUAUUUAAACAAAUAAGAUUUAAUAGAGUAAAAAGUCUCUGACAAAUA